AUGUCGGCUUCACUCUUUUCGCUAAGCGGAAAGACCGCUAUUGUUACAGGAGGAACGAGAGGAAUUGGACAGGCUAUGGCUUUCGCGCUUGCAGAGGCUGGCGCUGAUAUCGUGCUGAUUCAGAGAGACGAAUCCAACACUUCCACCCGUGAUGAGAUCAUCAGCCGCAUUGGCCGGAAAGCCUGGAUCCACGUAGCGGAGUUAUCCAGUCGGGAUGCAAUUAAAGGGGUCAUUCCGGCGUUAACUAGCCAAGGCCUGAAACCGGAGAUUCUGUUAAACUGCGCCGGAAUCCAAAGAAGGCACCCGAGCGAGCAAUUCCCAGAUGAGGACUGGGAUGAGGUGAUCCAAGUGAAUCUGACAUCGGUUUUUACACUAUGCCGUGAAUUCGGCGCCUACCUGUUGGCGCGAGAUGCAUCCGAGUUUCCGACUGGUCGUCGCGGAUCUAUUAUCAAUGUUGCUUCUCUCCUGUCGUUCCAGGGUGGCAUCACUGUCCCUGCCUACGCAGCUUCCAAGGGAGGUAUUUCCCAAUUGACCAAGGCACUCUCGAAUGAGUGGGUCUCCAAGGGCAUUAACGUGAACGCUAUCGCGCCCGGAUACAUUGCAACGGAUAUGAACACGGCUCUGAUCAAUGAUUCGAAUCGUAACGCAGGUAUAAUGGCCAGGAUUCCGGCUGGGAGAUGGGGCAGCCCCGACGACUUUAAGGGGGUGAUCGUGUUCUUGGCUAGCCAGGCAAGCAGCUAUGUCUCUGGAGAAGUUAUCUGCGUGGACGGAGGUUGGAUGGGACGGUAA